GUGCUGCAGUGGAGGGUCCAACGGCAGCCAGAGGAACAAGUCUGUGGCGGAGGGCAGAGCAUCCUGCUGUCGUUUUUUUUUUCUUUUUCUGUUCCUCUCCGUUUUUCUGCCCUCGGGAUAACGGCAGACCAGCAACGGAGGGAGAAAGAGAGAGAGAGAGAGAGAGAGAGAGAGAGAGAGAGACAAGGAGGAAGAGACAGACCUACAGAGAGACUCAGAGAGAGAGAGACUCAGAGAGAGAGAGAAGGAACAGACCUUCUGUCAGUGAUCAAAUUCACAGCAAAGCAUCCCCACCCAUUAUCCUGAGCGCGUCUGUCACCGUGUGUCAAACUGCAGCCGCGGCUCUCUCCGAUGUCACCUGCUGUUAGCGACCCUGCCAGAAUCACAGUGUACACUGUGUGGUGAGCCUGAAGACCAGCAGUAUUCAUGGUCGCCAUCCCAGUACUUCGAUGAAGACAGCUACUCUCCCCCUCCCAAGAAUAUGAAGGGUCUAUCCGGCGGCCGGCCUCAGCUACAGAUCUCGUCAGCGCACACGUGCGGCAUCUCCGACUGCGAGCACUCCCUGGACCACCUGCAGCAUGGGCCGGCCGAGUCUCGCCAGUCCUACCUGCUCAGCCCGACCGAGAGCUGCCCGCUGGACCACCACCACCGCUGCUCGCCACGCAGCUCCAUCCACUCCGAGUGCAUGGUGAUGCCCGUCUCCAUGGCCUCGGACCACGUGUCCAGCAGCACCUUCCCCCGCAUGCACUACAGCUCGCACCACGAGGGCUCGCGGGACGACUGCUCCACGGCGCACGUCACCGGUGGAGGGGUCGGAGGCCCCGGUGGCGGAGGAGGAGGUGGUGGUGGUGGUGGAGGUGGUGGCGGCGGUGGCGGUGGCAGUAGCGGCAAGAUGAACCGCAUCCCGGCCAACCUGCUGGACCAGUUCGAGAAGCAGCUGCCCAUCCACCGCGACGGCUUCCACACGCUCCAGUACCAGCGCACGUCCACCACGGCCACCAGCGAGCAGCGCAACGAGAGCCCUGGCCGCAUCCGCCACCUGGUGCACUCCGUGCAGAAGCUCUUCACCAAGUCCCACUCGCUGGAGGGCUCGUCCAAGAUGAACGGCACCAAGGGGGGCGACUCGCGCUCCUCGGACAGCGGCCACCACCACCACGGCCACGGCCACCACCAUCACGGCCACGGCCACCACAAACACAGCAAGCGAAGCAAGAGCAAGGAGCGCAAGUCCGAGUCCACCAAGCACCGCUCGGGCAUGGCCGGCUGGUGGAGCUCGGACGACAACCUGGACAGCGACAGCACGUACCGGACGCCCAGCGUCAUGAGCCGCCACCACGUCGACCACAUCAGCCACUGCUACCCGGACUCGGUGCAGAGCCACUUCGGCGACCUCUCGCUCAAGACCUCCAAGAGCAACAACGACGUCAAGUGCUCGGCCUGCGAGAGCAUGGCCAUGGCGCCCGAGGGCAAGUUCAUGAAGAGGAGCUCCUGGUCUACGCUGACCGUCAGCCAGGCCAAGGAGGCGUACAGGAAGUCCUCCCUAAACCUGGAGAAGCCUGUGAUGCCGCAGGACCUGAAGCCCUCUUUGAGGGCUUGUCAUUACCUGCAGGUGCCUCAGGACGAGUGGAGCGGUUACCCCGGCAGCAAGGAUGAUGAGAUCCCCUGCCGGCGGAUGCGUAGCAGCAGCUACGUCAAGGCCAUGGGCGACGAGGAGAGUGGCGAGUCGGACUCCAGCCCCAAGAGCUCGCCGCAGAAGAGCGCCCGCUCCGACGCCCUCGUCAAGUCCGUCCUGCAGAGGCAGCUCUCGGACUCCCAGAGUCAAAGCUACCAUUUGCAAGCCACGAGAGACAUCCAUCCCAGCAUCACCCUGGAUCCCUCCGCCAACUAUAACUCCCCCAAGUUCCGUUCCAGGAACCAGAGCUACAUGCGAGCCGUCAGCACCCUCAGCCAGGCCAGCUGUGUCAGCCAGGUAAGUGAGACGGAGAUCAACGGGCAGUUUGAGUCUGUGUGUGAGUCGGUCUUCAGCGAAGUGGAAUCACAGGCUAUGGAGGCGCUGGACCUGCCGGGCUGCUUCCGCACACGAAGCCACAGCUACCUGCGCGCCAUCCAGGCCGGCUACUCCCAGGACGACGAGUGCGUGCCCUCCAUGACCUCCUCCACAGUCACGUCCACCAUCCGGUCCACGACAGGAAUCCAGUUCCGGCUUCCGUCCUCAGGCAGUGUGGAUCGGCCAUCCCAGCAGCCUCCAGCGGUCACCUACACACCCAGCACGCCCAGUUACAAGCGCACGCCGCCACCCGUGCCACCGCGCACCACCUCCAAGCCGCUGAUCUCCGUGACGGCGCAGAGCAGCACCGAGUCGACGCAGGACGCCUACCACGACGGACGCAUCUCGCGCUCGGGAGCCCUGUGGGCAGCGGACGGCUUGGGCCUGAGCCUGGGCCGCGCCCUCUACAACUCCACCGACAGCCUGGACAGCACCAAGGCCGUCAGCAUCGCCAUGGAGGCAGCAGCAGCCAUGGCCAACAAGCGCCACCCGUCCACCGACAGCCACAGCUCGGUGCUGACCUGCGACAAAGCUGUGCUGGUGUCCAAGGCCGAGGAGUACCUCAAUACCCCGCGCUCCUCCAUAGGGAUACAGGUGGAGGCGGCCACGGACUCGGAGUCGGAGAGCAAAGGGCUGAGGGAAUUCCACUCUGUCGGGAUCCAAGUGGAAGAUGAGAAACGGCAGGGCCGCUUCAAGCGCUCCAACAGCGUGACGGCGGCCGUGCAGGCGGACCUGGAGCUGGAGGGCUUCCCGGCCAUGGAGGACAAGGGCCUGCAGUUCGGCGGCGGCUUCCAGCGGCACUCGGAGCCCAGCACGCCCACGCAGUACGGCGCCGUGCGCACCGUGCGCACCCAGGGCCUCUUCAGCUACCGCGAGGACUACCGCACGCCCACCGAGCCGCCCAGCCCCCAGCGCAGCCCCGAGCCCUGGCUGGAGCCGCCCACCCGGGACGCCGCCUCGUCCCCGUCGCCUGGAGGAGGAGGAGGAGGAGGAGGAGGACUGGGGACCGGGCCAGGGGGGACUCAGGUGGGGGUGGGGGGCGACUCGGGCCGGGCUUCGCCCUCGUGCCGGCGCGACGGCAGCUUUUUCAUGACGCUGCUGCAUGCCGAGACCAAGAAGAUGGAAGGGUGGUGCAAGGAGAUGGAGGCAGAGGCGGAGGAGAACGACCUGUCGGAGGAGAUCCUAGGGAAAAUCCGGAGCGCCGUGGGCAGCGCUCAGCUCCUCAUGUCUCAGAAAUUCCAGCAGUUUUACUGGCUGUGUCAGCAGAACCUGGACCCCAGUGCCAUGCCCAGACCAACCUCUCAGGACCUGGCCGGAUUCUGGGACCUCCUCCAGCUCUCCAUCGACGACGUCACCUCCAAGUUCGACGAGCUCCAGCGGAUCAAGAGCAACGACUGGAGGCCUGUCGAGAGCCCCGAGAAGAAGGUGUGUGCAGAAGACUGGCAGUUGCCACCUCCUGUACCAAAGAAGAUUCUGCGAGCGAGGAGCGGCGUGACGCGGGAGAAGUCCCUGGACCUGCCUGACCGCCAGCGGCAGGAGGCGCGUCGUCGGCUCAUGGCCGCCAAGCGGGCGGCAUCCUUCCGGCAGAACUCCGUGUCGGAGCGGGCGGACAGCAUCGAGAUCUACAUCCCCGAGGCCCAGACACGACUCUGAGGGCGUAGGGGACA